UGGGCCGCCUUCUGGAGGUGUGCUCAAUUCAACACGGCUCCUCCUCUAUGAGUCAACCUGCUCUCCUUCCUUAUGACCCUUCAGCUUUUUGACUGCUGCUGCCAUUUUUCUCUGCUGCCUGUUUCCGUCACACAUCAGAAGCAAAAUGGCAUCUGGAGUUAAAGUCACUGACGCCGUUAAGGACCUCAUCAAUGAAAUGAAGGUAGUGAAAAAUGAUGCUGACCAGAACGAACGUGUAAGAUUGGUGAUAUUCAGAAUUGAUGACAGCGAGGGCGCCAUCGUCGUCGAUAAAAUCUACCGUCAGAAAGACCUGGCAGACGUGGACGAUGUCUUCAAGUUCUUCAUCGGCCUCCUGGAUUCUAAAGUCUGUCGCUACUUGAUGUAUGACUGCCACUUUGAAACAAAGGAAUCAAGUAGAAAAGAAGAACUGGUCGCUGUGAUGUGGGCUCCUGAUACGGCACCAAUCAAAGAAAAAAUGAAAUACGCUAGCUCCAAAGAUUCCCUGAAGAAGAUCCAAACAGGAGUCAAACACAUGCUGGAGAUGAAUGACCUUUCAGAUUAUGGAACCAGGGAAAGUUUUGCAGAAAGAAUGGGAAAAGGUGUAGUCAAGCUUGAGGGCCACGCUGUGUGAGAUCACUGAAUUAAGCAAUAAGGAAUAAAUAAAUGAAUGAAAAAUAUAUAUUUUUUGCUUUGUUCCCUUGUUUCAAAAUAAGGUCAAUUAAACAGAUUUGAAAUGGUACGUCAAAGGUGAUUUUGGGGGGUGGGCUGGGAGAGGGUUGACAAAGCUUAAAGUGGGGGGGAGGCUUGGGCUCUGAAUGGGAUUUUGAUAGUGUUAACACAGGGAAACUCAAAACGAUCUGGGCACACAGUCUGGCUGUGAAAUCAACCUUGUUCAGAUGGUAUUUUACUCAUCUUUGGUUUUAUAGGGGGGAUAUUUUUUAUUUUGGUUACUUGACUCUUGGUACCUUGAAAUUUCUCCAAUUUCCCCCCCCCCCCCCCCCCCCCCCCCCCCGUGUAAAUACAAACUUCUUGAAUCCCUGCAUAUCUCAGUAUACACCACUUGUCUUCCUUUUUAAUAUUUCUCCACAACAAGAAAACAAACGUAUGCUGUAAAAUGAUAUUAACAACCCACCAAAAUGGCUGGGAUUUUAAGUUUGACACAAAUAUUCCUAGGGGUGUUUCUUUGGACACCUAGAGUUAUAGUACAGGGAAAAACAAAAAUCACUGGAAUUGCUGCACUGUCAAUGUGUUGUCAAAUAAACUCAAUGCAAUGUU